GCGGCUCUGCGGCGGCUCUCGUCGAGUGCGUUUGCCGCUUGAGCCAACGUUGGCUUGAGCGGCUUGAGAGGAUUGGAGGCCAACCAACGAUGACGUCAUGGGUAGGCCUUGUCUUCACAACCAUCCGAAGUUCCGAACUCAUCGGUUGCUUGUGUCAGCACGUGGAUCGCCUGUAGAGUUUCGCUUUUCCCCUUGACGAUUGUUCGAGAUGGAAGCUGACCGGGAAGAUCAAGCACCGUGCGCCGACCGUACUUCAGCCCGCUGAUUUCACUGCGGUUUUGAAACUGCCACACUGUGACAAGACAUGGCUCAUUCGAAGCCCCUCACUUUCUCCCUCCACUGGAACCAGGAAGGGUGGGAGAACCCAAACACCUACACUUCGGCAUGCCAGCGCGUCUUUCGCAUGCUCGAGCGGGCACACAACCUAAGAGUCCAAACCUCCGAGCCCCUGCGGAAACUGAACAACGGCGUCUACAAUGACCAGACAUGUCAGGUCUUGUGCACGAUCCAGACGAGCCCAUUCCCAGAUCUGGAGGCGUACGACGUGAUACGGCGGCACUGGUGCCUGGCUGGCAAGAUGCCCGCCUUCCAGGGACGUCUGCAGUGGCUCGUGCCAGACCGCAACAGGGGCUUUCGGCGUGGAGGCACUCUCUAUGAAAGCAUCCAGUUGUCUUCCAUGUCUUUCGGCACUUUCGUCGGCUUCGGCAUCUUUGCCGAGAGCCACAAAAUUGACACCAUUACGACAUUCCCCGGGUACACGCUGACCUGCACUUUCAAGCAUGGCGAAAGGAUGCUCCAAGUCCUGCUUGAACUGAGGCACAAGUGUCACAGGCCGACAACCUUGUACCGACUGACUGUUCCGUAUGGGAGCAUCCUUCGCGUCAUCAUCGACGACUGCGUGGACAGGUCAGCCACUACCGACAUCUUCCUUCAUCUCCAGACUUUCCCACUGCUCUGCAAGAAGGUGGAGCCGCCGAAGACCUGGCGCAUACAGCCGACGAACCCUGAGCACUUCUUUUUUGAUAGGGUCCUGGAGCUUGGCUGCUCUUGCGUCUCUCUGUUCGAGAGUCAGGACCUUGGCGGCAACUCGGUUAUGAAGCUGAGCUUCCGGCAUGGUCAGGUCGAGCGGAAGGUCGUCGACCGGCUCAGUCGUCGCUGCAAGAGAGGCACCACGUUUGCCUAUGCUCCGAUGCAGACUCGCGAAGUCGGAUCCCAGCUGAAACAGGCUAGGCAUUGGUUCAAUGUGACGCUGAUGCCUCACUUGAGCUUUUCCUGCUGCUAUGCCCUAAACGCCGUGCUCCAGCAAGGCAAUGACGCGGUGGCGCAGAUGGUCCUGUUGCAACAGCAGGCAUUCCACAACUUUGUGAACAACCUGGUCGAUUUCGCGAGGGCCAACGAAGGUGCGCUCGAGCAGGCGCUUUUCUGCAUCCGUUCUGCCAUUGAGGCGCGGAGCAUCGUUAAUGUCCACGUGACCUUGCCGGAGCUGUUCCGCAAGUUCUGUCUGGCGUACGUUCCGCCCAAGGUUCCGCGGGGGUCUUGCCUGGUCCGACGCGUCUUCGUGACGCCUUCAUGCGUCUUCUUCCUGCCGCCCAACGUCCACUCGGAGAACCGGGUACUCCGUUGCUUUGACGCCGAGUAUGCGCUCCGAGUGUCCUUCCGCGACGACAACUUGCAGCAUCUGUCGCAUUCGCUCAUGUUCCACCGGCAGAAGGAAGAGAUGGUCGAUACCAUCGUGGCCAAAUUCCUUCGCACCGGCAUCGAGGUUGGUGGCAGGCAGUUUAAGUUCCUGGCGUCCUCCUGCAGCCAAUUGCGGGACCACGGAGUGUGGCUCUAUGCAAUGGACCGACAAGGCUUUACGGCAGAGUCGAUCCGCCGCUGGAUGGGGGACUUCAGUGCCAUCCCCAACGUGGCCAAGAAGAUGGCGCGGAUGGGCCAGUGCUUCUCCUCAACGGAGGAGUCUGUCAAGGUACCGCUCCACGGAGGCAACAUGGAGGAAGUUCCGGACGUCGUCGGUGGGGUGCACCCUGUCUCCGGGAAGGAGUUCACCUUCUCCGACGGCAUUGGCAUGAUCUCCACAUCGCUUAUGCAGAAGGUGUGCAAAAAGCUGGAUUUGUCCGAAGUACCUUCGGCCAUCCAGAUCCGCUAUGCGGGCUACAAGGGCAUGCUCUGCGUCAACCCAGAACUGCGGGGCGACAAGCUGGUGUUGCGGGACAGCAUGCGCAAGUUCAGCUGCUCAAACUCCGACAGCCUCGAAGUCAUCAAAGUGUCUGCCCCACGCACGGUGUACCUAAAUCGCUUCCUGAUCACCAUCCUGGAGCAACUUGGCGUCCCCAGCCGCGUCUUCCUCUGCCUGCAGCAGAAGAUGAUGCUGACCUUUGCAGACGCCCUCGUCUGCGAGAGCACGGCGCUGCGCGUGCUGUGCACCUAUGUUGGCGGCACUCUCCCUUUCCUGCGUCUCCAGCAGAACGGGUUCUGCCUCACCCGCGACCCGUUUGUGCGUCUGUUGCUCUACACCGUCUACAGGAGCACCAUGGACGGACUACGGACAAAGGCCCGUAUUGCGGUGCCGCAGAACAAGGGACGGAACAUGCUGGGAGUCUUGGAUGAAACCGCCACCCUCGAGUACGGAGAAGUCUUUGUGCAGUACACACAUCUGGGACUCCAUGCCGAACAAAACGGCAGGAUCGAUUCGGACCCCGAGACCCACAUCAUCACAGGCACCGUUCUGGUGACCAAGUGUCCCUGCCUCCACCCCGGUGACGUGCGCAAGUUCAAGGCAGUGGACGUGCCGGCCUUGCGCCACGUCAAGGACUGCAUCGUGUUCCCGGCCAAGGGUCCCAGGCCACACCCGAACGAAAUGGCUGGCUCUGACUUGGAUGGAGACGAGUACAUAGUCAUCUGGGAGCCUGAUCUCUUCUUUCCGGGAUCGAACAAGACUCCGAUGACCUUCAGUGACUCCUCUUCAGUAGGGUCAGCUGAUGAGAACCUGGAGGAGGGCAUGAUCAAGUUCAUAUGCAACUACAUCAUCAAUGAUAAUGUGGGCAUCAUGUCCAAUGCUCACCUUGCAUGGUCAGAUCAACUCGAGGACGGUAUUUUUUCUCCACUCUGCCUGGGGGUCGCAAAGAAGAUCUCGACGUGCGUCGACUUCGCAAAGACGGGAUUAGCAUCAUGUCUCGACAGACACGAGAAGCCGCUGUUGUACCCUGACUUCAUGGAGAAAGGGGGCUCCAAGGACACAUACCGCUCCAAGCGUGUUUUGGGACAUCUCUACCGGCUCCACCGUUCGCUACAGGCGGUCAUCAAUACAGACUUCAUGGCCCAUACCGGCCAGCUUGCCGAAGGCGACGGUCAUUGCACUCUGUUCGAGUACCCUGGCUGGAAAGACCACCAGGAGGUUGCGGAGAAAGCUCUUGCGGCCUACACGGUCCAGAUGUCCCGAAUCCUUCACCAGUAUGGGGUGGGAAGCGAAGGGGAAGUCGUCUCCGGAAUCAUCGUCAACGUGUCUGACUACAACAAGAGCAACGAAGACAAGAACAGUGUAAAAGCAUUGGUCGCAAAGCAAUAUGCCAGCCUUGUGAAGUCGACGCGAGAUACAUUUUUCAGCGACGUCACUGCCGCCUGCAACAGCAACGGUGCGUCAACGGACAUUGCCAAGAAGACGAUUCUCCUGCAGAUGGCGUCUGCCUGGUACAUGGUGACUUACGCCGGGGUGUGGCACGAACAGAACUGCCAGAGCUUCCCAUGGUCAAUCGCAGAUGUCCUAUUGCUCAUCCUGGUGGAGGUGAAUGCAGCGGAACCGAAGCCCAAGCGGAAACCGAAGAACCUCCUCAUUGCCAAGCUGAAUGAAGUCCUUGCUGAUGCACUAUCCACGAAGUCUUCGCAGGACGUCGCUCUAGACGUUGUCUUGCGAUGGGCGACAAAGGAGGAGUUGCUGAACCAGACGAGGGCGACGGGGCCACGGAUCUGCAGGCGUUGCUUGGUUACGGUCUACGGAAGAUUCCUAGGCAGUGUUAACGAUUCAGGGCGUAAAGUGUUUGAAGACAUCCAGCAUUCGGCUUCGGACAAGUAUUUCGAAGGGAAGCAGGAGACUGCCGGUGGAUAUGUCGUGGGGUUCCUGCGUUAUGUGAGCAGCGCCGUGGUGGACUUUCCGGAAUGCGACGUCUGCAAUUGGGCUUCGUCGCAGACGCAUGCAGUGACCAUGGCUUCGCUGAGGACGUACAGCAUGCUCGCCCUUUCUGGGGACCCCUGCCAGCUGGGACUGCCAUGCGACGCCAACGCUCACUAUCCGGUGCAGAGCUUGCAGGAAGGAAACCCUGUUCGCAUCCAGGUGAACAGGCCGGGGUUCAGGUCCAUGGUGGAGCAGAACGAGGAGGGUGUUGCUCGGCUCUUCAAGGACUGGUCGGGCGUCCUGGAGGUGUCCAUCAGGAAGCAGGUCAACGUUUCCGGGAGGUAUCUGCACAUCCUCGUGUCGGCCGUUGGCAGGGACUGGCAGCUGUGGUACCUGGAGGAACUGCUGCUCCAGCCCUGGAUCGGCGAGGCCGUCGAGAAGGGAGACCUAGAGCCUUUCCUUAGUGCCUAGUCGUGGUCGCUCUGAUCUCACUGUUGCCUGUUGAAUCACGGCUCGGAGCCUUUGGUGCGAGGCCUCCCGGCUGCCAUCUUAUAAGUACGAAGAUGUCCGUCUUUGAUCUUUUUCUGCGUUCGUAGUCUGUUGCCUUAACCUCAUUCUUGACUGUUAGAUCUCAUUUCGGAGCUCUUGGUGCGAGGCUUCUCUGCCGCCAUAUUUUCAGUACCAGUACGUGAGAAGUUUGUUGUUCAUUUGGGUGUGUUGAUGGGGCAAGUUCGUAGCUGCCCGUCAGUUCGCAACAUAAUAAUUUGUUAACGAAGAGUCGGGCGAACUAAGAUCUUACCAAAGGGAUAUAAAGUGCCUGGUGUCCUCCUCUCGGAGGGCGGAGACCAUCUCUCGUUAAUUAAAUGUUUUUUAAUGGCUUUAUUACAUAUCUAGUCUUUAUAGUUGUUGACUCAAUUCUCUGUCACUGCCAAUUGUACAAGUGCUUUCACACCGCGGUGGCCUCAAUUUGCGUCGCUAUCACAAAAGAUCUGUUGCUUUGCAGUUUUUUUUUUGCUUUUUCAGUGUAUCCCGUUGACCAAGUAUUUUCAUAAUAAAAGUGGUUUCUUGUUUGGCA